AUGAAGAUGAAUUUCCACGACAAGGUGGUGGAGCUGGCCAGGCGUCAAGAUUCCAUCACUGAUGGAGGCACUGUUUAUUCUGUCGUUUAUGUCACGGCAGAGCCAACCUUUACUGGUGUCAUUGGAGGCUAUACCACUCUCACUGGCGAUUCCUCUGCCACUGAGACCGCCACACAGGAUUCCAGCGCGAGUGCCGCCAGAUCAUCCUCUCCCACCGCUGGCUCAUCCACGGGCUCAACUGGGAGCGUUGCGCCGACCACUGCUACUCCCCUAGUUGCACCGACAACCAGAGGCAAUGGCUCCCCGACCGCGUUCUCCUCCCUAUCAAACACAGAUAGUGGUGCAAUUGCGGCGGCUACCGGCACUCCUGACUCUUCAAGCCCAAGUUCCGGCCUCUCCUCAGGUGCGAAAGCAGGUAUCGCCAUUGCGGUCAUCGCAAUUGUGGGUCUGAUUGCUGUCUUCCUGCUAUGGCUACUCGGGAAGAAGAGGCGUGAGCGUGAGGCACAAGCCGCCACGGACAAUGAGAAGCACAAUCCUGGUGCUGGAGUCAGCAGCACGGAGAUGGCGACUAGGAGUCCACCCAUCAGCUCAACCGCUCCCCGAAUCAGCCUCAGGCCUGUGUCUCGAAUGUUGCCUGAAUUCAUGGGAGCGUCUUCUAAGAGCAGACUCAGCGCCGGCAAUCUACUCACUACCAUCGGAGAAUCGGAUUCCGCCCGUGCUUCUGGCUCUGCUCGAAACUUGAGUCCCUCGCCUCAACCACGCGGCCCAAGCCCAACUCGUCAACGAGGUCCAAGUCCAGCUCCUCGCCGAUCUCAGGAUGAUAAUCCGAACAACCCAUUUGCUGAUCCCAAAAAUCCAUUUGCAGACCCCGAGAAAGCGAUUGUAGCCCCGGCCACGCCAAGCAGCGUGGCAUCCACUGCCAAACCAGCUCCUGUCGUUCCAGCCAUUGCUGUCACUGGUGUUGCUGCUGCUGCUGCUACUGCCGCUGCCCUCGCACCCGCCCCGAUCAUCGAAGCCAAGCCAGUUUCAGCUCUCUCCGAAGGUCCAACUGCUGCGCCCGCUGUCAUUCCCGCUCCAGAACCAGUUCAAGCUCUCACUGCGGCUCCUGCAUCCGCUCCAGCGUCGAAACUCGCACCAGCGCCGGAACCAGUUCCUGUUCCAGCCUCUGCGUCUGCUCCGGCUCCCAUUCCUGUUCCCGUUGCCCAACCCUCACCAAAACAGACUCCUUCUCCUGCUAGUUCGGCGCCAGCAUCGCCAGCUCUCGUCUCCGCCGGCGGCCCUGGAUCCGAACCUCAAGGCAAUGUUUACCGCGUUUUGAUGGAUUUUGUGCCUUCCAUGGACGACGAACUUGAGUUGAAGAACGGUCAACUGGUUCGUCUACUUCACGAGUAUGAUGAUGGAUGGGCGCUUUGCAUCCGACUUGAUCGAUCCCAGCAGGGUGUGGUUCCGAGAACCUGCCUCGCCGCCAAACCAUCCAAGCCCAAGCCAUCUCAUCUCAACCAAUAUGCCCGACCACCACCACCUGGAGCGCCGGGGUCUCGCCCCGGGUCUCGGCCCAUGUCCCCAGCUGGCGGCCCCAGGUCUGGCAUGGGUCCUCAACGCCCGAUGAGUCCUGCAGGGAGACCGAUGAGUCCUAGUGGAAGAAUGAGUCCGGCCCCAAUGCGUAAACCGAUGAGCCCAGGCUUCAAUCAAGGACCGAGAUCGAUGUCUCCGGGCCCGAGAAUGGGACCGCCAGGUCGAAGCAUGUCCCCUGGACCAUAUGGUGUUCGCGGCGGUCCACCACCAAUGGCCGUUGCAAAUCGACCAAGGAGCAAUUCUGCGAGCAACAUAAGGGACAAGCGCAACUCUCCUGCCGGUCCGUCGAAGCUAGGACCCGGCGCGGGCAUGGCUCUCUAA